AUGUUUAGACUAUUCCCUCGUGUUGCUAGACAGUUUCAAAGUAUCAGGCCGUUACAUCGGGCCGAAACAGGCACCAAGAAGCUGCCAUCAACUUUUAAAAAAUCAUCAACCUAUAAGAAAUCAUCAUCUAAGAUCAACACUCUUUCCCAGACACUUCCAGACCAGAAGAAACCUCCUAAACCUUGGGUCGUUCAAGGGAUACCUAAAGACGAGUUCUUCCAAAGGAAAUAUGGUAAUAUCAGUCGUGAAGAAAGAAAACGACUCGAUGAAAAAGUCGACCGUCAAAGAAGAUUAAGAGAAAUGAAAAGAGCUCACGAAAGAUCCAAAUUGGGUUUACCAGACAGGAAGACUGGUGGGCCUGUGAAUGGUACUCCAACUAUGAAACGGAUCAGAAACCCCUUGUAUGAUUAUAUAUUUGGUACCCAUUCUGUUUUAGCCACACUCAGGGUGAAUAAGCGAGAUCUGUAUUCUACAUUAUACCAUCAUAAUAUUAAAGAUCAGGAGAUACUCAAGUUGGCCAAAAAAUUGGGCAUUAGAAUCAUAGAGUCUUCUAAACAAGAGUUGCAGCAAUUAUCUGACGGAGCAGUACAUAAUGGUGUUGUACUUGAAACCAAGCCGUUACAGAUCUGGCCAGUUCAAGAUUUAGGUGUACCAAAUGGUGAUACUGGAGAUUACAAAGUGUAUCUUUAUAAUGAUUUGUAUGGCACAAAAAUUGAGAAGGACUACCAAGUGGUUCGAGAAACACCUAAUGAUAGUCAAAGGUACCCCCUUGGAGUUUAUUUAGACGGCAUAACUGAUCCUCAAAACAUUGGAGCCAUUUUCAGAUCAGCAUAUUAUUUAGGAGUGGACUUUAUUAUCGUGCCCUCUAGUGAGACUGCCAAAUUGGGUGGAGUGGCUCAUAAGGCAAGUGCAGGUAGCUUAGAAUAUAUUACAGCUAUGAGUACCGAUGAACCUUUAAGAUUCAUCGAUAGAAUCAGACAGAAUGGUUGGAAUGUUAUUACUACGGCGGGAAGAUCUAAUUCCCUUCAAAAAAUGGAUUUAAAGGGUAAAGAUACAAAGAUCAUUGAGACUCUUGAUAAACGGUUCAUUGAACCGGAAGAUCUAUCGGAACUUCUUUUAAAGAGUCCCAUGCUUUUAGUUAUGGGAAGUGAAGGAGCUGGUGUACGUACGCAUAUCAAAUUAAGAUCGGAUUAUUUGGUUGGGUUACCAAGAAUGAGAGUUGAUAGUUUGGAUAAUGGACUAGUUGAUUCUUUGAAUGUUAGUGUCGCAUCUGCUUUGGUGUUAGAUAAGUGUGUCUCAUUUACAAGAAUCAAUUAA